GAUUUCAAUUAAAUUAAAACAUUUAAAUUUUCUACAUUAAAAUCGUAAAAUAUAAUAUAAAACAAUUUUACUAAAAUGGCUAAAAUGGCUUUUCAACACAAGGCUGGUACAGCAAUGGAAUGUUUAAGCAUUCCUAUAACACUGCACAAGGAGAAAGAUGUUGAUGAAGAAGGUCGAGAAGUACUGAAGUGUGGAUUUAAGAUUGGUGGAGGAAUUGAUCAAGAUUAUAAAAAAUCGCCUCAGGGUUAUACUGACUACGGUAUAUAUGUCACUGAAGUGCACGAAGACAGUCCAGCAGCCAGAUCUGGUUUAAGAAUUCAUGAUAAAAUAUUGCAAUGCAAUGGUUACGAUUUUACAAUGGUAACCCAUAAAAAAGCAGUAAGUUACAUACGAAAAAAUCCCGUACUAAACUUGCUUGUUGCUAGAAAAGGUGUAACGUCUACAUAA